UUAUCACACUCUGCUGUAUCUUUAAGUGCCGGAUUCCCCGGACAAAGAAAGAGAUUGAGGCACGAUAUGCUCAACGGCAAGCAGCCAAGACAUAUGCAGACAAACUGGACACUGUGCCGCCACUCAACGAGCUGACAGAGAUCCCUGGAGCUCAGGUUGCAGAAGAAAAGAAAGAAGUUCCCACUGUAUCUGGAAAAGUGGACAAGGCUCAGGGUAAGAAAGAUGGAUCCAAGGGCUCCAAGAAGAAGGAUGGUGAGAAGGACCAGAAAGAAAGAUCCAAGAAAGAAGGGAAGGAUGGGGCCAAAAAGAAAGAAGCAGAAAAGGGAGAAAAGGGAGAAAAAGGAGAAAAGGGAGGAAAGGACACUACUGACAAGAAACAAGGUGGUGGGAAGAAAGGUGAAAAAGAAGGUGAAGCCGUAAAACCAGGAGGAAGCACCAAAACUAAUGGCAAGGCUGGUGGGAAUGCCAAAGCUGCAGCGAAGAAGAAGUGA